AUGGCUCGCGCGGCGCUCUUUGCUGCAGUCCUAUUGGUCGCAUUGACCGCCGCGGCGGAGGCUCAAGUCCUGAGCAAUGCAAUCGCGACCCCCGUAACCGUUCCUUUCGACACGACCCUCCGCCCCGCUGCCGACUUUGCCAACCUGACGGACCCUGCUUGGACUCCCCCAGGCUAUGACCAGGGAAACAAUGCCAGUCAGGUCCACCUGUCGCUCGCGAGCCCCAACGGCGUGGCUGUUCACUGGGCGACUGGAGCUUACAAGACCGGCACCGGAGCUCUCACCCGCAACAACCCCAACUCCGUUCCGUCCGUCGUCCGCUACGGAACCUCCGCCGGAGACCUGACGAACUACAUCAGCGGCGCGGCGGAGGUUUACGACCAGAUCUACAACACGACGGUUCCGGCGACCGGCGGGUCGACGUCGCUGAACUACACGUCGCCCAUUCUGCACAGCGCGUUCAUCACCGGGCUGAGACCGAACACGACCUACUUUUACCAAGUGGGCGACAACACGACAUUCAGCCAGACGUACAACUUUACGGUCGUGAACCCCGCAGGUCAGACGUAUCCGCAGCGCAUUCUGGCGAUCGCGGACUGGGGCAUGAGCAGCAACGCGACGAGCACGCUGCAGCACAUCCUGCAGUCGUCCAUCGGCAACGUAAACCCGCCCGUCAUCUUCUACAUUGCUGAUUACGUGUACGCUGACACGUGGUACACGAACGGCACCGUGUCCAAGCCCAACACCGGCUUCGAGGGCCUUACGUCCGGCACGUGGCAGCCAGUCUGGGACGCUUUCCUCCGCUUCGUGGAGCCACUCGUUUCACGGGUGCCUUGGGUGGGGGGAACUGGUAACCACGAGAUCGAGAUGCAGAGUGACGGCCAGAACACCAUCUUCAAAGCCGUGCAAGCGCGCUGGAAGGCAAGUUCCUACCCGGCCGCCGCCAGCAGCGGCAACUUCUUCUACUACUCCGUGAACGUCGGCCCGGUUCACGGGAUCUUCAUUUCCCCUUACGUCGACUACACCCCCGGUUCCGACCAGUGGCAGUGGCUCGCUGAAGACCUGCGCAGCGUUAACCGGUCCGUAACCCCCUGGGUUAUCGUGAACAUCCAUAACCCGUGGGUUACCACCGACACCAGCUACAAGGAGUUCGAGCAGAUGCGCGCGAGCAUGGAGCCGCUGACGUACCGCUGGGGUGUGGACAUCUUCUACUAUGGUCACGUGCACUCUUACGAGCGCACAUACCCUGUUUACGACUACGUGAUCGACCCCUGCGGUGCCGUCCACAUCACCAUCGGCGAUGCCGGAAACGCGGAAGGCCUCUCCGGACUGGCCUCGGACAAACUUCAGCACAAGUACGAGGACCUUAACAACGGCUGCCCGGUUGUCGCCAACAGCAGCGUCCGCCCCGGUUACCUCGUCCCGGUUGACCCGACGAUCAACGACCCGUGGUCGUUUUUCAAGCGCGCGCUGACGUACAAUGCUGACGGCAACAGCUCUUCCCCGGGGGGUACCCCCGGGUACUGCGACAAGGCGCAGCCCGCGUGGAGCGCUUACCGGGAGAGCAGCUUCGGGCACGGGACAUUGGACAUCGUGAACGGGACAUAUGCCCGCUGGCAGUGGCACCGCAACCAGGACUCCAACGCGGUCGCUACCGACGACGUGUGGAUCGUCCGCGACACCGCUAACUGCCCUAACAAGCUGGGCAAAUGGCCCUUCGUCACCGCGGGGCUUACCACGGGGCCCGCCCCAACCCCCGCGCCCACGACCGCGCCCGCGGCCGCGACGCCCGCGCCCGCCGCGCCCCCGCCCGCCAAUGCCACGUCAGCAGCUCCGGCUGCUAACGCGACUGCGCCCGCGACCGCGCCUGUGCCCGCGCCCGCCGCGAGCGCCACGUCACCGGCGCCGGCGGCUGGUGCGCCCGCCACGUCAGCAAGUUCGGCGCCGGCCCCGCGGGCAGCGCGCCCGCUCCUGCGCCCGUGCCGUCGGCGUAGAGCGCCACGUGGCAGCAUGUCCGCUGUUUCACCUACGUGGUCUGAGAUCAUGAUCAGGAGAAGAGUUUUUGUGAGCUGCCUUGAUAUUUAUGACGGAAGUCUGGUGACUCCGACGCUUUUGACGAAGGUGACGAAAACAAAUGACCAACACGGGAGUUAA